AUGGGCUUUGCUCAGUGCUCGUGGCCGCCGUGGCAGGUCGAUGACCUCACCCAGUGCUUUCAAAGAGACUACCUCAGCGUCCUCUUCCCGUUAAUAAUAAUUGGCAUUUCGUUCUUGCGCCUCUCAUGGUCCAGCAUUGGCCGUGUCGUGCGCAGUGGCAAGAAUAAGGGUUAUAGCUCUGUUUCUGCCUCCGACGUCACGCCAAACCACACGGAUAUCCCUCCUCUCGACGACGAAUCCGAAGACAGCGAUGACGACGACCUCGAGAUCAACGGUGGCCGCUUGGCCCUGGCGAAAGUGACUUCCAGGGGCUCAAUUGUCCAAGCCGAUACUCCUACUGCUCAGCGCUUCUCGCAGUUCGUCGAAGAGCUUGCUCUCGUUGGCCUCGUCGCUGUCAAUGCAAUUGCUCUUAUCACUGGUGCUUUUGGACCGGGUGGCCGUCUUGCCGCCAUUGCUGGGCUUACAACCUGGAUCUACACCUUGAUUUUGGCCACGCUACGUGUUGUGCUGGGCACCUCUAAAUGGCGAAUCCCUUACAUCUGGAACCAUACCGCUACCAUCUACGGCUGCAAAUGGACCCUGGCGCUCCUCAUCUUCCGCUCUGCCAUUGUUCAUCCUUACACGAAGCUUUCUCAGACUCUCAUCAUUGUUGAAUUCGCUCUCAACUCUUUACUCUUCGGUAUUGCUGCCUCCACUAGAAAGGGCAACAAGACUGUCGUGUUGGAAUGGGAAGAUGGGAUCGAGCCCUCGCGAGAGCCUCUCGCAAGUCUCUUCUCAAUCGCCACCUUCUCGUGGGUCGAUGCCAUUGUCUGGCAAGGUUGGAAGAAGCCCCUGGACAUGGAAGAUGUCUGGAAUCUCCUGCCCAAGGAUAAAUCUACUGCCAUCAUUGCCGACUAUAGGCUUGUGAAGAAGACGACCGCCCUUUCAUGGCACCUACUCAAAUAUUUCCGCAGUCUGCUCUUCAUGCAAUGUGCACUGGCGGCUGUCGCUGGUAUCUUUACUUUUGCUCCCACCCUGCUCCUCAAGGCCAUCCUGCAGUAUGUAGAACGCCCCGACGACGCGCCUGUCAGCGUUCUCUGGCUCCUUGUCAUUGGCCUCCCGAUUCUUGAUACUCUUCGUUCGUACUGCGAUGGCAUGGCCCUGUGGAUUGGCCGCAGGAUCUGUAUCCGUGUCCGUGCCAUCAUUGUCGGUGACAUUUACGCCAAGGCGCUGCGUCGGAAGGCUGCCGCUGGCAAAGACAAAAUACUGCUCGGCGACAAGGCCAAAUCUACCAAGGAUCAAGAUGAAGAGUCUGACAGCCAAGGUGCCAUUAGUAAAGUCAAGCGCGCUCUUGGUUUUGGCGGCAAGAAGCAGAAAAAGGCUGCCAGCACCGAUGACGCCGAAGCUGCUGGUCCAAUCAAGGCUGCUGAGGGCGAAGAUGAGCAGGCCAACCUGGGAACCAUUAUCAACCUCAUGUCAGUCGACAGCUUCAAAAUCGCCGAAAUCACUGCGUACUUGCAUUUCCUGUGCGCUUCGGCCCCUACUCAGCUGGUCAUCUCCGUCUUCUUGCUGUGGCAGGUCAUGGGCCUCAGCGCCAUUCCCGGCAUUGUUGUCAUGGUCUUCCUUUUGCCCGUGAACUACAUGCUGGCUCGUGGCUUCAACAUCACUUCAAAGAACAUCAUGGCUGCUACUGACAAGCGCAUCAAUGUGACAAACGAGAUCCUACAAAACAUUCGCAUUAUCAAAUACUUCGCCUGGGAACGACGAUUCGGCAAGAUUGUGGAUGAGAAGCGUCAGGCCGAACUAAAGGCACUUCGCUCCCGAUUCAUGCUCUGGGCUCUCGCGGUUGCCAUCUGGAACUCGGUUCCCGUACUCAUCACGUUUUUCUCUUUCCUGGUGUACACACUCAUCGAAAAGAAGCCGCUAUAUCCCUCUGUUGCGUUCACGGCCAUCUCCCUCUUUAUGCUUCUUCGUGUUCCUCUCGAUCUCCUCGGUGACAUGUUCGCCCACGUCCAGGAAGCUAAGGUCUCCAUUGAUCGAGUUGAAGAGUACCUUAUGGAGGAAGAAACGGAGAAGUACAAGCAGCUCGGUCUGGAUAACGUGGAUGAAGAUGGCAAGAAGCACAUUGGCUUUAGAGACGCAACUCUUAUCUGGGGUGGCAAAGACAGUGUUGCUGAAGAUGGCUCCAGGGCUUUCCGACUGCUUGAUCUCGAUGUCGACUUCCAGAUUGGCAAGCUGAACAUCAUUGCCGGUCCCACUGGUUCUGGUAAAACAUCCAUGCUUAUGGGCCUUCUCGGCGAGAUGACGCUUGUAGAGGGCAGGGUAUUCUGCCCCGGUGGCCGCAGCCGAGAGGAUGUUCGCCCUGAUCCUGAGACUGGCCUUGCCGAUACAGUUGCAUAUGUCGCCCAAGCUGCUUGGUUGGUCAACGCUAACAUUAAAGACAACAUCAUCUUUGCCGCACCUUUUGAUGAACAGAGAUACAGAGAUGUCAUCGUGGCUUGUGCUCUUGAGCGAGAUCUCGAAAUUCUGGAUCACGGUGAUCAGACCCUGGUUGGUGAGAAGGGCAUCACGCUCUCUGGUGGCCAGAAACAACGAAUUUCCUUGGCUCGUGCUCUCUACUCGAACUCGGCUCACAUUCUCUUGGAUGACUGUCUCAGCGCUGUUGAUUCGCACACGGCUCAAUGGAUCUUCACCAACUGCAUCAACGGACCCCUCAUGAAGGGCCGUACCUGCAUUCUUGUCACUCACAACAUUCAACUCUGUGUGCCCUCAUCCGACUAUGUGGUCCUGCUUGACAAUGGAAGAGUCACCGCCCAGGGACCUUCACAAGAAGUCAUCGCUUCCGGCAAGCUCGGCGAGGAAAUUCAGCGCUCUCGACCUGCUUCUCAUACUGCAUCUCGUAUUCCGUCUCGCGUCCCUUCGAGCGUUGGUGACGAGGAGACCAUGGUUAAUAGCAACGGCGAUGCAUCCGAUGCCGCAAGCACCUCUAAGAAGGACAAGAAGAAGGAACAGCCUCCUCCACAGGAGGAAACCAAAGCAAGUGGAUCCGUCAAAUGGUCUGUCCUCAGGAUCUACCUUGCGUCCAUGGGACCCUGGUGGUUCUGGCUCGUCGCUUUCAUGGUUUUCGGCAUGCAGCAACUCUCGACCGUUGCAACGAAUGUUUGGGUCAGACAGUGGGCGAACCAAUACAUUCAAGAGCAGAACGUCAAGGUUGUUUUCGGCUCCAUGUCAGCUACUUACGGUACCGAGUCCUUUCCCAAGGGCUCCUGGGCAUCUAUCGCCAACCUUGGCAAAGUAUAUCCUCCUCAGAGCGAGCCGAGUCUGCGUGUACCAGAUGGCCAGAUUGCGCUCGGGGCCACUGCCAUGCCAGACGUUAAUGUCGCUUACUAUCUCGGUGGACUCGCCGUUAUUGGUGCACUCGGCGCGGCGGCUGCCCUGAUUCGAGACGUUUGGAUCUUCUUUGGUUCUUUGACUGCUUCCAGGCGUAUCCACGACCGUCUCAUCACCUCCGUGACCCGAGCCAAAUUCAAGUUUUUCGAUGUCACUCCUCUCGGCCAAUUGAUGAACCGGUUUAGCAAGGAUCUCGAGGCCGUCGAUCAAGACAUCGCACCCACCGCUAUUGGCGUGAUGACCUGCGCUCUCUCCCUUGUCGUGACCGUUGCCCUCAUUGCGUACAUCACUCCUGGCUUCCUUAUCGCUGCUUUCCUCAUUGCGCUUCUUUUCUAUGUUGUCGCCGCCUUCUAUCUCCGUGCAUCUCGCGAUCUGAAGCGUCUGGAAUCGGUUCAACGCAGCCCGCUCUUCCAGCAGUUUGGCGAAACUCUCAGUGGUAUGACUACGAUUAGAGCUUACGGCGACGAGCGACGCUUUAUCCGUGAUAAUUUGGCCAAGAUCAAUAACCAGAGCCGACCUUUCAUCUACCUGUGGGCCUGUAACAGAUGGCUUGCAUUCCGAGCUGAUUUGCUGGGCAACUUUGUAUCUUUCUUCGCAGGUGUCUUCAUCAUCAUUAACCUGGGCAAGAUCGAUGCCGGCGCGGCUGGUAUCUCGCUGAGCUAUGCGAUGAAUUUCACGGAGAACGUCCUGUGGCUGGUCCGCCAGUAUGGCAUGAAUGAGCAAAACAUGAACUCGAUGGAACGUGUUAAGGAAUACCUGGAUGUUGAGCAAGAAGCAGAUGCCAUCAUCGAGGAUAGCCGGCCGCCGAAGAAUUGGCCCGCUGAGGGUGGAGUCGAAUUUGUCCAGUACUCUACUCGUUAUCGUGCCGAGCUGGAUCCAGUUCUCAGAGGCAUCUCUCUCAAAAUCACUCCCAGAGAGAAGGUUGGUAUCGUGGGCCGAACCGGUGCAGGCAAGAGUUCAUUGACGUUGGCUAUCUUCCGUGCGCUGGAAGCUGAUUCAGGAAGCAUCGUUAUUGAUGGCAUUGACAUCAGCAAGAUUGGUCUUCAGGAUCUUCGAGAAAACAUCACCAUUGUGCCUCAGGAUCCUACCCUUUUCAUGGGCACGAUCCGAACCAACCUUGACCCCUUUGAUCAGUACACCGACGAAGAAGUCUUUGAAGCUCUGCGACGUGUGCAGCUAAUCGGGCCUGAUGAAGUCACUACUCCUACAGCUCCUACCAGUCCCGUCAUCCAAGUCACCGCCGAAGGUGAGAGCACAGAGGGUUCAUCCGGUUCAAGAACGCCGUCAGUUGCCACGAACAAGAAUGUCUUCCUCGAUUUGUCAUCUCCUGUAACCGAAUCCGGCUCCAAUCUUUCUCAAGGUCAACGACAACUCUUGUGUCUGGCACGAGCAAUGCUGAAGAAGCCAACCGUCAUGGUCAUGGACGAGGCCACGGCAUCUAUCGAUUACAACACAGACUCCAAGAUCCAGGAAACCAUCCGUGAACUCACAGGAACCGUCAUCACAAUCGCUCACCGUCUCCAGACCAUUGUCGACUAUGACAAGGUCCUGGUUCUCGACAAGGGCGAGGUCGUCGAAUUUGACCACCCGUGGGAGCUGAUCAACCGAAAGGAUGGAACUUUCAGAAGCAUGUGCGAGACAAGCGGCGACAUGGACAUUCUCGUCACAGCAGCCAAGAAGAAGUGGGAGGAAGGCCAGCUAUUAAGCGUUGGAGAGUGAACAGACGAGCUUAUAAGAAAAAAAGCGACUGAGGGGGCGAAAUAAAACAUUUGCAUUGUUUAAAAGAAGAAGAGCGUCUCAAUUAGACGUAUAUUGGCUCUGUAUAUGCAGUGUUGAGUGCAUCAGAGGGUGAAGAGAAAAUAAAAAGAGAUGCUCUAGAAAUAGGAGGAGAAAAACGGGACCCCCUUGAGAAGCAUAUACAGGCACCAAGGAGUCGGAUUACCUUGGAUGCAUGCUCCUAAUUUUAUUGUUAUUCUCUCCGUUGGAAUACAUGCGAGAGACGAGGACAGAGAUACAAAACAUUAUGUAUGAGCAUGAAUAGUAAUUAUAUAUUUCAAGUUAUUGAUAGUACAUGAAUGUAUUAUUCGACACACUA